CAAAAUCCCGGGUGUCCCGUUUUUUAUUGGAUUGCCUGUAAUACCACGAUCGGGCAGUGAUCCUGCCCAGCACGAACAUCCCACCCGUCGUCCAUCAUCUCUCCAGGCCCAGGAUCCGACCGCUGCUGCUGCCGAAUCGCCGAAUCGCCGCGCUCGACCAAGAACACCCCAUGAACCCAACCUCCACCGAAAGCAUCACCUCCACCAACGGCCCGGAAUCUGCCGCGCUCGAGACAGCCCCGGCAUCACAACAGGCUACGAUCGCCGUCCCUGUGCCCAACCGACCGGCCUCGGGCGUCCAUGUCAGCUCCGUUCGAGGGGCCUACGAGACCUUUGGAGUCGAGGGAUUCUACAACAACUAUGGCCACGAAUACACCAACCCACACACCCGACCGAUCAUCAAGUGCAUCGAGUCGGUGAUGGCCUGGCUGGCAGCCGAGCAGGCUCCUGGGGUCGUCGCAGACACACCCGAGUACGUCGUCGAGAUGCCCAGUCCUCCGCUCUGCAUCCCGCCAGCACCAAGCCAGUCUUCGAUCGCUGCUCUUCCCAAGCUGCGUGUUCUGGAUCUGGCCUGCGGCAGCGGCGAGGCAGCACUGGCGCUGUCCUCUUGGUUUCAGCGGUCGGCCACGGCCCGAUCCACCUACAGCCAUCUCGAAGUCUAUGCCACCGAUCCCUUCACCCACGAGGCCUUCCUGAAGCGAUUCCAGCACCAGCCCGACCGAUAUGCCUUCGAGGACAUUGCCCAAGGCUGUUAUCCGACCCGGUCGUUCGAUGUCUGUAUCUGCAGCUUUGCGCUGCAUCUCCUGGACGAACAAAAGCUCUUCUCGACACUGUAUGCACUCGCCCGGAUGUCGCAGUGGCUCAUCAUCGUCUCGCCGCACAAGCGGCCGCACAUCAAGGAUACCUUUGGAUGGGGGCCGUUGAUGCGGGAACUGACGAUCGACCGGGUCCACAUCCGGUGCUAUCGCUCGAACGAAUACGACUAUGCCUUUGACUAACAGGCCAGAAAGAUUGCAUGGACUUGCUCUUGGCGAUCAUCUCGUUCAGCUCGCUGGGGGAGAUCCAUGUGGCAUUGGUGUUUCUUGGACUGCACUCACGCCACCUCUCGGUGAUCGAGGUAUCUCGCUUUCGAGCAUGGACUCGCCACACCAAACUAAAGCAAUCCAAAGGAAUCGAACAACUUCAUCCUGCCCCGCAAUACAGCCACAGUCAGAGAC